CCUCUAGUUAGAGGGAAGAAGAAAUAAGCUAUCCCUGUUGGAGGGAGCAAAGAGGGGGGUGGAAGGAAUAUGGGGAAGUGGAGAUGCAUUUCCCAUAAGUCAGUGUCAGCCAGCUCCUCCCCCUAGCUGGAUGAGAGCCAGCAUCAGCCGAGUAGAACGGCAGAGACUGAGCUGACAUGCUGGUGAGGAUAAGAGGACAAACAAGACAAAUGUAGCACCUAGUCUAAUUCAGAUGACAGGUUAUUCAGGGAGGAUACGCAGGAGUGAGAUUGCAGUUCAGAUUGGCAUCUACUGAUCCAGCAGAUGAAAUGGCGGUGAGGCAGAGGAUAUUCAACUCAACAGCACCAUUCUCUGGGUCAGCGCAGGCUGAGCUGAAGGGGUCAUACCCAUCUUGCUCAGUCGCUGACCAGGAGACGGAGGAGGAAGAAGAGGAGGGAAAGGAUAGUAAAAUGGGCUUUGCACAAUGUAACAUCUACAUAACAAAAGUUCUGACACAUGGAACUGCAGAGCAAGUGGGAGAAAGGCCAGUGAAGACCUCAACCUUCAUUGCUCAGGCUGAAUGUGAAAGCCAGGACUCCCAGGAGUUUAGUCCAUCUUGUUCUGAACGGUCCUUUGUUCCCUCUCCCAACUGCUUCACCAGCAGUCUUUCCUCAGAGCGCAACAACGUGGCGUGCCCAACCACAGCCUCCAUCCAGGAGCUGAGCAGCUCAUCAGCAUUGCUCACCCCCAGGAAGAAGACUAGGAGGAGACAGAAGCGUAAGGGGAAGAAAAAACAGGAGAAGAAGAAAGGGAAGCGGCGACACAGACAUCGUAUUCCUUCUGGAACAGUUCCUGAACAGGAGAGUGGAAGUUCUCUGGUCCAGAUCCAGGAGGAGUUGUCUCUUGGAGGGAGAAGCAGCCUCAGUACUUCUUGUUGUAGCAGCACUGAGAGCUCAGAGGAGCAGGACAGAGGGCCUCUUCUCUGCAGUCAGCAGAUCUGCAACACACGCUCCAGCUGCUCUCCUCUGAACUGGAGGCCACUGGGAGUCUGCAGCUACUUCUCCAAUCCCCAUUCCUAUGAGCAGGACAGCGACUCAGACUCCCACAGCAGUCUGGGAGACUGCUCGCUGGCUCUUGCUGGCCUCAGGGGCAGCGUCAGUCAGGGGGACCCUUGCUACGCAGGGCCCUUUUUCAAAGAUGUAGAGAGGGAUGCAAGAGAAGAGGAAGAUGAGCUCUCAGCAGCUGAUUCUUUCAGCAAUGAGGGAAUAAUCUUUUACAAUGAAAAAAUUCAGCCUGUGGACUCUGAAUACAAGGAAGGGAGGGAGUACGUCCUUACACGGUUUAUCAAGGAAGGCUCCUAUGGCGAAGUACACAGUGCUCAAGAUGUCAACACAGGCUUCAAAUUUGCUGUCAAAAAGAUGCCACUGGAGAGGUUCACCAGUGAGGAGGUGGGUGCGUGGAGUGCCCUCAGAUCUCCUUAUGUGGUGGAACUCUUCGGAGUGGUCAGAGAGGGACCUAAUGUUGUCCUUUUGAUGGACCUCAAAUCUGGCUCCCUGGGCCAGUUGAUAGUGGAGCGUGGUCGGCUGCCAGAGGAUCUAAGUCUCCACUACCAGUCACAAGUCUUAACAGCGCUGGAGUACUUGGUAAAGAAAAAAGUGGUGCAUCUAGAUAUUAAAGCUGACAAUGUGUUGCUGUCAGAGGACGGUAGAGACACCUUUCUGUGUGACUUUGGACAUGCGGAGAGAAUCGACAAUCAGGGGCAGAGCCUCAGUGGGUCCAAAGAUCUGAAGGGAACAGAGACCCAUCUGGCACCUGAGAUUGUAAAAGGGGAACCCCGCGGAGCCAAAGCAGAUGUGUGGAGCAGCUGCUGUAUGCUACUGCACAUGCUCAAUGGGUGUCAGCCUUGGACAAGAUACUACACCUGUAGACUUUACCUGAAGAUUGCUAAUGAGCCACCGCCUCUGAGAGAGAUCCCACCUGACUGUAGCUCUCUCACGGCUGAAAUAAUAAAAGCAGGUCUCCAGAAAGAUCCAGUCAAGAGAGCAUCAGCAUCUGCCCUGAAAGAAAAAACUGACAGAGCCCUGAAAGAAAUUGGAGGGCUCACCAGCCCAGUUAAGGGGCCCUACACAGAGCCGCUGUACAUUGCCAACAAACCUCCAGACUCCCUAUGGCUCACCAGUAGUAAUGUUGAAUAUGAGGGCGAGGAGGAACAUCAAGAGUAUGUUGAGAAAGUGAUCACACCAGGUAGGAGGACAGAACAACCAUAUAACUGUGAUGAAGACCAGGAGGCUGAUUGUCAUGAGCCAAAGCGAGGCUCACCUUUCUGUCUACAAACCCUGAGCUCCGAGCCAAAUCACAACAAGGGCAACAAUAUCUCCACUGUGCCUGAACUUGAGCUACAGAAGCUGGAGCGAGAUUUCUACCUGAGCAGUCUGUCCCAGCCUCAGUCUGCUGAGAUGCAGGAGCAGCUCUUGUCUUGUCUCAGCAGUGAUCCAUAUUCCAAUUGGGAACCUUGGGACAAAAAGGACUCUGGCCGCUGGUCCCUGAGCCCAGGAGAUGACUACAGCUCCGGUGUCUUCUCCUGCAACAGUCAGCCAGAUGUGCAAGUCGUCGGUAUGGAUUUGCUCAGUCACACACAGCUACCACCACCCUGUUGUUUUGAAGGGGUGGAUGUGUGCAUCAGAGACUUCAGGAGGAGAAGCAUCCGGAUCAGAGAGACACGCCGGGUGAAAAUUGGCCACAUCGCCACUGGAAUCAGUGACCAGAUAUCUAAGAGGGUUUUCACUCUGGAGACCCAACAGGGCCAGCAGAUUGCUCACGAUGAAGAGGUGCAGGAGUCUGGUCUGGAGCUCUGCUGUGUUCCUGCUCCAGACUUCAGUCCUGGCUGGAGGUGGAGAAUCAGAGAUGGGGUGCUGGAAACGAGAUAGAGCCCACAGCUACAUCGUUCCAUCGGCCCCAGUGUCAUCUUGAUCAUUAAAAAUGUGUACUUUUCAUUUGUCUUGCUGUAUGAGGACCAUUUUUUUAAUCUGUGAACUGCCUUUGUUGUUUUAAAUGCCUUAAUAGGAAAUUGUUGUUUGGCUUUUGGUCAAUUAAGCGCUUAUGACAAACCAUUGAGCUUACUGUAAUGUUUACAUAUUUCCUCUCAUAGGAGUCAAUAAACAGUUUGGUGA